GGGAUUCCAAUUGUGAUUGUUGGAAUUUGUCUGGCAGCAACGGAAAUAAAAGGAUACGGUUCAAAAUCAUUGUGAGACUCGAUGGAUAUGUAAUUAGGAAUACAAAUUAAAGGAAGCUUAAAAAUAAUAACAAUAUUACCAAAUAAGAUUAAAGUAGUAUGUGAUUUUUUCAAGAAAUAAUUUAAUGCUGAAUUAAUCUAAAUGGUAUUGUGGCUUCAUUUACUAUAUUUUGAUUUUUCUUUUCUAUAAUUAAAACAUAGUUACAACCAUAGGACAUGUUGCCAGAAGUCUUUAAACAUGUGCAACGUUUACAAUUAAAAUUUGAAUUUCUUUCUUAAAAAAUAAUUUAAUGUUGUUUAAUAAUGUAUCAAAUAUAUAUAUAUAAAUUUAAAUCAUACUUUUUAUAAACUCUUUAGAUGUUGGCUUGUAAUAGAUGAUGGAGUCAGGUGGGCAUUUAUUGGUCCAGUUAUCGCUGUCACCUAGGUAUUUAUUUUUGAUUUACUUUCAAAUUAUUGCUCUCGUUUUUUUAAACAUUGGUGAUAUAUUAAACUUAGGGACCCGUAAAACUUGUUAAACAUUUGUUUAAAUCAUAUAUAUAUAUAUAUAUUUGUGUGUGUGUAUAUAAUAAAUAUAUGGUUAUUUAAUACCAUUAUUAUGUGGUCAUAUUUAAGGUCAACAUAGUUGUCAUCAUUUCUGUGUUACGUAUCAUGCACUCUAAUCGAGCCAUGAUGGUCAAGACAAAAAGAGACACAAUUAUGUAUGUAUGACGCAUUUGUAAAAUACACAUUUAUGUUAUCGUUACGGGUUAUAUGAGAGUAUUAAAACUUAAAUUCUUCAAAAAUUGAUAUUAUUUGUGUUUUAUUAUUCAUGAAACAGAAGCAGUAUUAGAGCUGUCAGUGUUAUGUCCCCCGUUCUUGCAAUGACUUGGAUAUUUGGCAUUCUGGCAGCCAGCACAGAUUACAUUGUGUUCAUCUAUUUGUUUGUCAUUGGAAAUACCCGGCAGGUUAUAGUGAAUUCUCCAUGGUCGUAA